AUGCCUAAAUGUAAGGCGGUAAAAAAGUCUCGGCAACGAAUCGAGAUUGAUGAAUUUAUUGAAAUUUGUCAGGAAUCUGACAACUUUAUUAAAUCCGCGGAGCAGCAGCUCAUUAUUACAAUGUCAAUGGCGGUUGAUGAGAAGCUCAUUACCGCAUUCGAAUGGCAAAAUAAGUGUCAAAAGUAUAAAAAUAUUUUUAGAAAUUUUUUGCGAAGAUCAUCUUUAACUACUUCUCAAAGAUCUAGAUGUUUGAAUUUAGAUCAAAAAUUAGAAUACUUGCGUUGCCAUUUUGAUGCUCUAAUGAAACGUGGUGCGGGUGUGCAAGUGACUAAUUCUAGAAUGAAAUGGGUGGAUUUUGAUGAAGCAUUCGAUAAUCGUUUGCAAACCAGUGCUAUUAUAAAUUUAGAUUACAAGGAUAUUAACGAGUUCCUUGAUGAUGCCUACGCUUUAUUUAAAUUAAAUAUUAAAAAAGCAUUAAACAAGUAUGGUCCUUUAAAAGUGUAUACUGUGUUGGGUGCGAAAUUUAAAAAAGAUUUAAUUAAUGGUAAAGAAGAACAAUCCGACUUAAAAACUUUUAUCGCGAAAACGGAUGAAAUUUUAUUAACAACCCCGUUAGAUGACUGGUACAAUGUUAAUGUUAAACAAAUAACUUUGAAAAGAAUCGAAGAAUUCCAGGAGAAGGACUCUAACUGGAAACUUGAUUCAAUUCAUAGGUUAGAGGUUAACAUUAACAAAUUUAACCCUAUGCGCGCAAGUUCCUACAUCAAUUUACCAUCUUCUAUUAAUAAAAAACAUGCUUGUGUUAAUAUAAAAAAUAGUGAUAAUCAAUGCUUUAAAUGGGCAAUUUUAUCUGCUUUACAUCAAGUUGAAAAGAACGCGGAACGAGUUUCAAAGUAUAAGUCUUAUGAAGGUGAUCUUAAUUUUUUAGGAAUUGAGUUUCCUGUUGCCCUCAAAGAUAUUUCAAAAUUUGAGUCUCAAAACGUUAAUAUUUCAGUUAAUGUCUAUGGUUUGUCGAAAAAGAAAGAAAAUUUUAGUGUCUAUCCUCUACACCUUACAUCACAAAAGAGAAUAAAUCAUAUUAAUCUUUUACGCAUAGAAGAUCAUUACAUUGAUGAAAGUCUUAGCGCAGAAGAGGAAGAUGAUUUACCAAUCAUAUCUUUUAACUACCACUAUGUCUGGAUAAAAGAUCUAUGCAGAUUAGUUGGAUCACAGCUUUCGAAGAAUAAAAAUAGAAAGUUUAUUUGUGAUCGUUGCCUUCAUUAUUUUAGAGACAAAUUGCAGCUUACAGAACACGAGGAAACAUGCAAAAAAUUAAAUGAUACAAGGAUCAGAUUACCGCAACCAGGUAAAAAUACUGUUGAGUUUAAGAAUUAUCAAAAUAAGGAGCGCGUGCCUUUUAUCAUUUAUGCUGAUUGUGAGAGUCUUUUGAUUCCUGCGGAAGCACCACAAGAAGCAUGCAAUACUGAGGUUUUGCAAAAUCAUAAAACGCUCAGUAUUGGAUAUUAUUUAAAGUGUGGCUUUGAUGACUCAUUGUCCACAUAUAAAGCAUCCCCAAAAGAUGAAGAAGAUCCUGCUAAAUGGUUUUCAAAAGAGUUAAAAAAUUUAGCAGAUAAAGCAGAGCUCAUUUUAAAGAAUUUUAAACCCAUGCAAGCAUUAACCUCACAAGAAUUAGUUGAUUUUAAAAAUGCUAAUACUUGUCAUAUUUGUCAACAGAAAAUCGUGCAAGGUGAAGUUAAAGUAAGAGACCACAACCAUCUAACAGGGAAGUACCGAGGUGCUGCGCAUCAAAAUUGCAAUGUUAAUUAUCAUGAAUCACCGACCAUACCUGUUGUUUUUCAUAACCUUAGCGGUUAUGACGCUCAUUUUAUUAUUAAAGCUAUUGCUACUGAGUUUGAAGGUAGAGUUGAUCUACUUCCUAUAAACAAAGAAAACCACGACAAAAUUCAAUUGUUAACGCGAAAAGGAGUUUUUCCCUAUGAGUACAUUGACUCGAGGGAAAAGCUCGAUAAAACUCAAUUACCGUCAAAAGAAAAUUUUUAUAGCACUUUGAAUGAUUCUAAUAUUUCAGAUAAUGAUUAUGUACAUGCGCAAAAUGUGUGGAGUGAAUUCAACUGUCAAAAUCUUGGUGCUUAUGGGUAUUUGUACAUGCAAACCGAUGUAUUGUUAAUCGCGGAUAUUUUUGAAAAUUUCAGGGAUCAGUGUUUACUCGCGUACGGUCUUGAUCCUGCGCAUUAUUAUACAACGCCAGGACUGACAUGGGAUGCCAUGUUAAAGUAUACGAAUAUAAGAUUGGAACUCCUCACAGACAUCGACAUGGUAAUGUUUAUUGAACGCGGAAUAAGAGGUGGAGUAAGUCAAUGCACCAAUCGAUACGCGAAAGCUAAUAAUCCGUACAUGGAGAAAUAUGAUGCAAAUGAUGCACCAAUUGGUUACAUUUUAGAAGUCGACUUAGAUUACCCCGAGGAAUUACAUGAUAAACAUAGUGACUUUCCGUUUUGCCCUGAACGCUCGAAGCCACCAGGGUCCAAAGAGGAGAAGCUCCUAACUACCCUUCUACCGAAGAGAAAGCACGUUCUCCAUUACCGAGCAUUGAAACAAGCUAUUACCAACGGCCUUAUUUUAAUUAAAAUUCAUCGCGUUUUAAAAUUUAAUCAAUCCACAUGGUUAAAAAGCUACAUUGAUUUCAAUACCAUGCGAAGAACUAAUGCUAACAAUGAAUUCGAGAAAAACUUAUUUAAACUAAUGAACAAUGCGGUAUUCGGAAAAACAAUGGAGAACGUGCGAAAACAUGUAGACAUUAAACUUGUGACAAAGUGGGAGGACAUGAAAGCAGAUAUCCACAAAUACGACACUUCCGAUUACCCUGUAAAUAACGUUUACGGUAUUCCGCAAGCCAACAAAAAAAUUUUAGGUUUAAUGAAAGAUGAGUGCAGUGGAAAAAUUGUUACUGAAUUUGUUGGCUUGCGGAGCAAAAUGUACAGUGUGCGAGUGGAAGAUCAAGAUUUUAUUAAAAAAGCAAAAGGUGUGAAAUCUGCGGUUGUAAAGAAAACUAUUACCUUUGAUGACUACACAUAUUGUUUACGAAAUGUUAAAAUGCAAUCGCGAACUCAAUAUUGUAUCAGAUCGAAACUUUACAAUGUUCAAACAUUAAAACAAACAAAAAUAGCUUUAAGUCCUUACGACGAUAAAAGAUUUCUGUUAUCCAAUAGUACCGAUACCCUUGCAUGGGGACAUUGUAAAAUUACACAAAUUAAUGAUGAAGCUAUGGAAUUGUAA